GCUGAUCCAUCACAGUCUGUGAACCUUCCCUUCAGUCUGACUCUGAAUCAGUCCCAGCUGAGAGACAUGGCGUCCACGCAUGAAGCACAGAGCCUUAGGCGUCCAAAUCCAUGCACUGCAUCUCCUCCAGCUGCCAGACGCAGCAGACUAACAGAUUCCGAUGAGCUCAGGCUCGUCCUGAUUGGCAAGACAGGAGCAGGGAAAAGUUCAGCAGGAAACACCAUCUUGAGCAGACAAGCUUUUGAGUCCGACCUAUCUGCAACGUCUGUGACAACCGAUUGUAUGAAAGAAAGAGGAGAGGUCGGAGGGAAAAAGGUUGCUGUCGUCGACACCCCAGGACUGUUUGACACCGAAUUAACCAAUGAGGAAGUGUUGCCAAGGAUCAAGGUGUGCAUCGGCAUGUCCUCUCCUGGUCCUCAUGCCUUCCUGGUGGUCGUUCAGCUGGGCAGGUUCACAGAAGAGGAGAAAGAAACAGUCCGAAUGAUUCAAGAGCAUUUCGGUGAAGAUGCCGCCAAAUACACGAUGGUGUUGUUCACUUGUGGGGACAAGCUGAAGAAACAAACCAUCGAAGAGUUUGUCUCAAAGAGCAAAGACCUCCAAGACAUCAUCCAGAAAUGUUACGGCCGUUAUCACGUCUUCAACAAUGAGGUGGAAAACCCAUCUCAAGUCACUGAGCUUCUGGAGAAGAUCGACAAGAUGGUAAGCGACAACAACGGGUCGCACUACACCACAGAUAUGUACCUGAAGGCAGAGAGAGCCAUCGAGGAGAGGAAACAACAACUCCUCAAAGAGUCUGAGGAGAAGAGGAAGAGGGAGGUCGAGGAGCUGAAGGCCAAAUACGAAGGAGAGAAGUUGGAGCUAGAAUUAAAAAUGAUGAAAGAAAAAUACGAGGCUGAAGCCAGAGCUCGAGCUGAAAGAGAGAAUAAUGUUCACCAUACAUACACGCUGAAGGUUGAGUGUGUGAUCAGCUGAGCAGCCGAAGCUCUGAUCUGUUUAACGGCAACAGUUUAGAGAAACUUCUCAAAUCAUUUCUGAGCGUAACAUAAAAUAACCUCCUUUACUGUGUUAAUUAGGACAAGUACUGUGAUAUCUAAUAUUCAUACUUCAAAUGCUUCCCAAAUAUUCCACGUUGAAAUGUUCCACAUCUCUCAUAUUCCUCUAAUUCCAUUUCAGCUUUUUAAAUAUUCAACCCUUUUUGAAGCUCAGUGAAACUGUCCGUCUCAGAUUUUUACAUUAAUGUGUACAGGACAGAAAGAGUGGGUGACGUCACAGUUAGAGUGGAGAGGAGCUGCAUUUGUUUUAAUUCUCUUAAACUUGCUGUUUUUCACACAAUCUUGGCUCUUUAUACUGUACAUCACGUUUAGUUUAAAAAUAGGAAAAAAAAUCGAUGCUAUUUCAUACACUGUAGCUGUGGAAGCAAACUGACGGAGCUCACAUCUUUCAGACAUUAAAUCCAGCAGUUCAGUUUAGCAUCAGCUUUACAACAGACCUUAAACCCGAUAUUUCACAUCUUUCAUACACCAUGAGUGUUACUGAACUUUUAGAGAUCGUCAUCUAGUUUAGCGUUAGCUUUUUAAAAAUGUUAAUAUGUUCCAUAUUAUUCAAACAUUAUUGCUCUUUGUCAACUUUUAAAACCAUGAAUCAGUUUAGCAGCAGUUUAACAAACCUUUCAAUGGUACACAUCUUUAUUACAUUAUGUGUAUUUCUUUUACUUUUAAAGCCGACAAUGAGUUUAGCAUCAGCUUUUCAACAAACCUUAAUAUGUUCUACGUUUUUCAUACAUUAUGCAUAUUUUAUUUUUCAGCUUUUAUAACCAUCAGUUCAGUUCAGCAGCAGCUUUUUAACAAACCUUAUAAUAUGUGAGGACACACAGGAGCCCAGAGUGCAUUCAAGUACCUAAACCAGCCACCACAAAACACACACUCUCAAGUCAGAGAGUGUUUUAUGAUGCCAGCACAUGUUGCUCGUGUGGACUCUUACUAAUGCAACAGAAGAACACUGAGUGCAUCUGUGUUUGAGGAGCCUCAGGUUAUCUCUGAAUCCGUUAACGUCUCCACUUCCCCUUUUUCAUCCUGUGUGUUCACUUGAACUCUUGACCUGUUCACACUGUGUGAAACCAUGUCUGUAAGCUCCGCCUUUAGUGCUGUAGUCAUGUGACGCCUCUGAGUUUAACCAGUCGGCAGUUAAUUAUUUUGCAUGCUGUGCUCAUGUGCGCUCUUUGACCAUAUAUGAAGAUGUUUCACCUGCAGUUCAGUUUUUUGGAAACCACCCCUCAGCUGUGGUGCAUGAGACGACAGAGGAAGUGGUUAGUGAUGUUACACUGAGAUAGACACGGCUCCUCUUCUCACACAGAGGUUUUAUUCUUUCUACUUUGGUUUGUGAUUGCUUGUAUUUCGUCUCGUCGCAGACGUUAGUCGCAGAAGUUUAGCUUUUUCAUUUUAUCAUGUUUGUCCUUUUUAAUUAUCUGUAACUGUUUAUCGUUGUCACUGAAUAAAAACAAGUGGUGGUCCGCUGAA